AUGUCGAGAUGCGCCCAUCGGGACCAGACACGUCAGGGGUCCAACCAUUUUGUGGACCAGAUCAAGUGCAGGAACUGCGGGGAGCUCCUGUUCAAGUACCACUUCGCGAAGACGAGCGACCAGAUGCUCCUCCAGUGUGUUCGCUCCCGGCAGUAUAUCAACCGCCUGGAGACCACGGGUACGGCCCAGCCCGCGGCGCCCAUGAUGAACCAGUCGAGCUCCUCGGACAGCGAGGCCACGACGACGACAACGGCGCCAACGUCAAUGCCUCCACCGAGCCCUCCAGGGGCCACCAAGAAGUUGCCCGAGCGCCUGUCGGCCGAGGUCAUUCGGAAGCUCACGGACACGGAGGCGCAGCAGAUCAUCGAGAGCGAGAGGAUCAAGAUCCGCCAGGAGGAGCAGCAGCGCCUCGCGAAGGAGAUCCUCCAGAAGGGCCUCAUCGACACGCCGACGGACCCGACGGAGGCGGACGACAGGGCCAGGCCGAGCAAGAGGCUGGGCGUCAGCCAGAUGCCCAAGGCCAGCCGGAGACUUUCAUCUCGUGUGAAGAGCUGUGUACUCGGAGCGCUGAUCGCGGCGACGGCGGCUCUGGGAGAGAUGCCGGGCACCGCCUGGGAGGCAGCCGAGACCUGUGGCAGGCUGGACCUCGCAGAAGUGGCCUGUGUGUCCGACUCCAGGCUCACGCACGCGAUGAUCGAGCAAGGAGGCAAGGCCGAGAGAUUCAGCAACUGGAACGGGUAUGACUUCUCCACCAGGUCUGGUGCAGAGAAGCUCGUGAAGGCUUUGCGGGUCAAGAGGCCUCGAAGAGUUUGGUUUUCCCCACCGUGCGGAGCAGAGUGCCCAUGGCAGAAUCUGAACCCCGUAACGGCGGAGUCGGAGAAGAAGCUGAUCAAGACCAGACGUAUCCAGAGGAACGUCAAAUGGGCUAUCGGUCAGCUGCUGAACGAGGGUUUCUGUGACAUAUACCUCGAGCAGUCGGGACGCUGCAGGUCUUGGACAGGCAACUUCAAGGAGCUCAAAAAGUCCAUGCAUGGCUGCAGGAUUCACGGGUGCAUGUACGAUAUGAGAGACGAGCAGAGCGGUCUCCUCAUACGCAAGGACUGGCACAUCGCGACCACUGACCCGCAGUUUGAGAAGAAGGUUGGGAGGACCUGCCCUGACUUGCAUCUGCAUAUGCCGCUGGAAGGCGGCACGAGGGUGGCACUGUCAGCGAAUUAUCCCGUGAACAUGUGCCGGAGGAUCGCCCAGCACUUCAUGACCAGGGCCACCUCGGACGAGGCCCUCGCCUAUCUGGUGCAGGCCCACAACGAGCUGGACGACGAGCUGUGCGCAGCGGGCUACAGGCGCUUGCGGGAGAAGCGGCCCGCCUCUCUCCCGAGAGUCAAGGAGAAAGCGCAGGCGGUCAAGUACCAGCUCCUGAUCCUGACGAAACUGGAGAUGCUCAAGUCCCUCCAGAAAGCGAGGAGUGUCCAGAACUGUACCAAGGCAGAGUUGCGCGAGCUGGAGGCCAUCAUCGCACACAUCCAUCGGAAUUUCGGACACUGCAGUAUGAGCACGGUCAGCGCCGCCCUCAAGUCUCGCAAGGCGGACCAGAAGCUCAUCGACCUUUGCAGCCACUACGAGUGUCCGGCCUGUAAGGCAGCUCAAAGGUUUCAGAUGCGACCUAUUGCCAGCUCAGAACCAACAUUACCCGCUCCUGGCACCGAGAUGGGUUGCGACAAUUUCUAUUGGACACAUCCUCGACGAGCCUGCCAAGUUCGUGGGACCCUCUGUGCAGACUAUGGCAGCCGCUUUACCCAGACGUCGAUUCACUGUCAGAAGGGUGUCGAGGAGCAUUGUGGCAACACCACCGCGAAGGAGAUGAAGGAGGUAGUGCUGAAGGACUGGAUCCACCACUACGGCAAGCCGGAGGUUUUCAGGACAGAUCCCGAGGGUUGCUUCAAGCAGGUCGAGCAGCGCGCCUGGGUCUCGGGUAACGGCAUGGAGUGGAGACCGGAGCCCGGAGAAGCUCACUGGCGAAUGGGAGUGAUCGAAAGGUGCAUCGAGACCGUCAAGGAAAUCGCCACUCGCCUCGCCUGGGAGCUACCAGACGACACAGAUCCCGCGGACAUCUUUCGCUGGGCUUGCGUGGCCAACAACGACCUGAUGCGACACCAAGGCUACAGCCCGAUGAUGCUCAUGAUGGGUCGCACCCCGUCGGGGCAGGGCCUGGAGCAAGUGGAGAAUCCUUCGGUCCUGAGCGCAAAUGUGGUGGACAAACACUUCCAGGAGGUCACGCGCAUCAAGGCGGCUGCUUACAAGGCGUGCGUGGACCACUACCUGUCGGAGAAGACGAAGCGUGCUCUGCUGGCCAAGACGAGGCCGUUCAAGACAUGGGAGCCUGGUGAGAAGGCACACUACUGGCGAGGUGCGAAGGGUAACAGUCACAAGACUCGGCCAGGGAGCUCCGACUACUUCAAGAAGAUUCUUCAGGAGUUGACGAAGGGUGCUUACGCCGAUGUGGUGGAUCAGCCUGGUCCGGGAGAAUGGGACGAUAUUCCAGAAGAUCCCAAGAGACAUCGCGCCGACUUUGCAGGGUACUUGGGCCAUCUGUGCCAGAAGGCGCCGACGCUUGUCAUGCCCGAGCUCGGUCGUGCCGAGCCCGAAUCCGAGGGCCGUGCGAAUUGGGUUUCACCCUGGGAGUAUGAUCAGAAGACGAAGGCUUCCGACCUGGUGGGCUUCGCGGGCGAGGACGAGCCGAACCUCGCGAUCAUGAUCGGCUUCGCGCUGGAGGAGUCGGAUGUGGAUCAACUCAGCCGGAGGCCUGACAAGGCCCUCGCCGCGAUGGUCAAGCAGAACAAGGUCGAGGUGAAGCUCAAGAACCUUACGGCAGAGGACCGUGAGAAGCUCCCGAUCGCGAAGGGUAACGAGAUCAAGUCUUUCCUCAAGUAUCGAGUUUGCGAGGCAGCCAGUCGUUCAGGAGUACACCCUGGAGCCCUGAUGAAGAUGAGAUGGGUCAUUACAAGGAAGGAGACUGGCGACCUUAAG